AUGGAGCUGCAGACUGCCAAUGUGCGGCGCUUCAUGGAAACCACAUUACAGGAGCAGGUGCAACGGAACCGAACUCAAAACGAGCUGGGUAUUCGCAUCUACGACGAGGUCGAGUUGAUGGUGGAAAAGUCUGCAGAGGAGCAAGCUUUGGAAAGUAGAUACAUCGAUACAGUCUUGGUCACAUACUGCAUUCCGAACUCCGAGCUCAAGUACAACCUUAGCUUCCGCGUGGACAAGGACAUGAAGUCCAAGAACCUGCGCGAGGGCUGCCAUCCGGCUGUCGGCUCCGUGAGGGCCUGUGACGAGAUUUGUGCUUUCCAGCAGGCUCAGGUCAUGGUGGACUGGUUCCCCGGAUUGUCACAAACGAAAUCACUCGUUCAACUCAUUGCCGGUGAUGUGAAAGGUGCAGAGCGCACCCAGCAGAACUUCAUCCGGCAGUGCCCCGGCGUCUCUCAAGUGACUUCGGCUGUGCAGGCCAUCGCAGGAGACACCAAGGGGGCAGCGGAAACACAGAAACAAUUCGGAGGGGCCAUGUCUGGUUUGGUGGACGGCAUUCCAGUAGUUGGCCACAUCAAGGGUGGCAUUCAUUAUGCCUGUGGCGACAGCGAGGGUGGAGAGAGAGCCAUGAAGGGAGCCUCCCGGACAGUUGGUGCAAUUGGCGGCGGCGUGGGUGGUUUUUGCGUGGGUGGCCCAGUGGGUGCUGUUGCUGGCGGCAUGGCCGGCGGUGCAGCAGUGGAUGGAAUCACCACAGGCAUGGAUUCUGCUGUCAAGGGCGAAUUCCGACCCAGUGGCGUGGUGGAGUCUGUGAAGAACAUGGCUGAUGGAAAGGCAGACGCUGGGGACAUCUUCGACUUCGGGGCAGGACUUGCCAUGGACGGUGCAGCCGGCUAUGCCGGUGGCAAGCUGGCACAGAAGGCGACGGCUGGCAGGGCGUACCGCACCAUGCCCGAAGAAGUGGGCAAGCAGGCAGUCAAGAAUGGCGAGCUUCCUGCCGGCCACAACCAAGGAGGUCCCAUGGGCGAGACGUGGGUCAGCGAGAGUGCCAAGCACCAGAAGAAGUAUUUGGCAGAGAAGCAGGCCCAGCAUCCCGAGCUGAACAUGAAAACCUACCAGGUAGAGACGAGUGCGAAGGCUUUGAAGAAGGUGAAGUCCGAGGCCGUGCCUCAGCAGGGCUCCAAGAGACUCAACCGAAACUUGGAGGCAGCCGGCGAGCGCCCCAAGAAUGUGACCAAUGCCGAGCAGCUUGGCGGGCACCCCAAAGGCAAGCAGAACAUCGGCAUCAAGGGCCAGGAGAAUCUCUCGGACUUCAAUAAGACUGUCCGAAAAAUCAAGGAGGUGGACCCCAAUGUUCUGGCUGAGCGUGGCCCUCUCAGGAAGGCUGCCGGGCGAUUCGGCAAGCCCGCUGGCAUGGCAGCUGCUGCAGGAGCAAUCGAAGGACGCGGAGAUGUGGAUACGGCACCCUUUUCCUACCUUGCCCCAAAUGCCGUGCCCAGGAAGAACACGUCCAUGAUGGACAGGGAGUUGACCAAUAUCUUGCCCAAAGCAGGUCGGAAGGCACGACGAGGAGGUGCCAACAAGUCCAGCCACGACGCCGGCAAGGGGGAGGGCGCCGCAGCAGGAGGCUCUAGCGGGGAACUCGCCGAGCAGAUGAUGUUUCUUCCUGGCCUUUUUGCGUUUAUGACGCAGCGUGACAGGAACGUGAAGCAGCACUUGCAGCGCAUGAAGCUGCGAAAUAUCUUCAUCUAUCUUACCGUUCUCGUUUUGGCGGUCUACGACAUCUAUCUGAUGCAGCCGCCGGGAGUGAACUACUUAUGCCGCGAAGGAGCUGUUCUCCCUCUCACCUCUGGUGAUGUGCAUACCGUAGACUUCGAAGAUAUCAGAACCCCGAGUUCUGUUUGGGCGUGGUUGACGGACACCGUGGCGGCCGAGCUGUUUACGGCCGACUCUCUGCUUCGCAGCGGCAAUUAUGCCGUUGGCUUCCUCCAGGUUCUCGUCCAAAACGUCCAGCCGGCAACAGCAGCACAGUGCCCUCAGGAGGAUACAUCCUUCACGCUGCCUCCCAACGUCUCCUGUUAUGCCAUGGCAUACACGGACGACACGGCGGCGACAGCUAGCCUCGCAGAAGUUUACACCUACUUCCAGGGCAAGAUCGGCUUGGACGGUCGCUCACAUCAGAUCAGCCCAUGGCAGUGGGGUCCGUCGCGCAUGGCUUCGCCAGGAGGAGAGGCAUCCACACAGAUGACAUUCUCCGCUGUGGAUGGUUCGGGUUACAGUGUCGAGUAUAGCUUGCAGCACCCGUCUGCAGCCCAGCUGUCAUGUAUGGUCACGCCCUCCCGGUCUGCAGACACGGUUCGACAGGCUUUCCUGGAAGAUGUUGCCUUCUUGGCCCGAGCAAGCUGGCUGGACACACAAACAAGAGCGGUCCACGUGCAGUUCACGCUGUACAGCCCCAACUACGACCUUUGGAUUCCGAGCAGGUACUCCUUCGAAAUGACGGGCUUUGGUACAGUCACGCCGAAGAUCGACGUCUCCACCUUCAGGCCCGGCAUCAUCGAGUACGGCAGCGGCUUUGCACAACUUCUUGCGGACAUCGUGAGGGCACUCUUCGUGCUCUACAUUUGUCUUUUCCAGGUCUAUUGGGACUUCAUGUACGAGCGGAGGGUCAACGGCGCCGGGUGGAAGCACUUCUUCACCAUUCAGGGCGCAGUGGACCUGAGCAUCGGGAGCGUGUUCUUUGCUAUGUUUGGCCUGCGCUACACGACGUUCAAUGCCACCGCCUCAGCGGAUUUGGCAGGGGAGGAGUUGAGUUUCACGAGUGCCGUUGGAGCAUUGGAAGAAAGCCGACUUUGCAUCCAGUACAAAGUUGCGACCAUCUCGCAGGCGACAGAGCUUGCCCAAACCUACAACCAGCACCUUGCUCUGGAUGCUGCGAUGGCGGCUUUGGUUCUUUACCGCGUCCUCUAUUUCCUGAAGGUGAACCGCCACGUCUUCAUCAUCUGGACCUCGGUGGCACGGGCCGCGAGGAUCGCAUUGAGGCUGCUGGUUGUUUUUGCACCCAUCCUCGGCGCACUCACUGUGCUGAGCAUGGGGGUGUCCUCGAACUUCGACCAGUACACCAGGACGUUUGGGUCGGCCCUGACACAGAACCUGCUCAUGAUCUUCGGUGAUGACGAGACGAUCAAGGCAUGGGCCCGCUGGUGCUCUCUGUAG